AGAUCUCCAUCAUUACAGCGGGGGACACGGCCAUCAAAGAGGACCUGUCACCGCCAACGUCCCAGCUGCCAGUCCACUGCUGAUUGGCUGACAACGGCGGCAGGAAUAUAGAGGGGAGUGCAGGCCACACCGGAGUUGAAGGAGUUCUUUGCCAAGGCUCGGAAUGGAUCCAUCCGGCUUAUAAAAGUUGUCAUUGAAGAUGAGCAGCUGGUGUUGGGCGCACACAAGGAGCUGCGACAUAACUGGGACCAAGACUACGACGCCUUCAUCCUCCCGCUUCUGGAAGACACGCAGCCAUGCUACAUCCUCUACCGCCUGGACAGCCAGAACGCACAGGGAUUCGAGUGGCUCUUCCUGUCGUGGUCACCUGAUCAUUCUCCGGUGCGGCUGAAAAUGUUGUACGCAGCAACCAGGGCGACUGUGAAGAAAGAGUUCGGGGGAGGACACAUCAAAGAUGAAAUGUUUGGGACGCUAAAGGAAGACGUUGCCCUCCACGGUUACCAGAAACACGUCUCUUCUUGUGCUGCGCCGGCACCACUGACCGCGGCUGAGCAGGAACUGCAGCAGAUCAAGAUAAACGAGGUGAAGACGGAGAUCAGUGUGGAGAGCAAACAGCAGACGCUGCAGGGGCUGUCCUUCCCGCUCAGGCCGGAGGCGGAGGAGGCCGUCCAGCUGCUGAAACAGAAGAAGAUCAACUACAUCCAACUGAAAUUGGAUAUAGAAAAGGAAACCAUUGACCUGGUCCACACCAAGCACACGGACAUCCAGGAUCUACCGGCCAGAGUCCCCAAAGACUCGGCUCGCUAUCACUUCUUUCUGUACAAACACUCCCACGAAGGAGACUACCUGGAGUCUAUAGUGUUCAUCUACUCCAUGCCGGGAUACAAGUGCAGUAUAAAGGAGCGCAUGCUGUACUCCAGCUGUAAGAACCGUCUCCUGGAGUCCGUGGAGCAGGAAUACCAGCUGGACAUCGCCAAAAAGAUUGAAAUCGAAGACGGGUCUGAAUUGACGUCCGAGUUCCUCUACGACGAAGUCCACCCCAAACAACACGCCUUCAAACAGGCCUUCGCCAAACCCAAGGGACCCGCCGGGAAGCGCGGCCAAAAGCGCCUUAUCAAAGGCCCCGGGGAAAACGGAGAGGACAGUUAA